UCUCUCAGCCUAGCAGGCAAAACCAGGCUGUUAUUAUCAGAGAGUGGGAGAGAGAAAGGGAGAGAAAAGGGAGAGAGACCCACUGGAUUUACCAAAUACAGAUCGCACAAAAAACGCGAAUUCACAAGAAUAAACGCGAUGGCAGGAGAGAAAGCUGGAGAGUGAAAAUAAACAGUUUUUGCGAAUGGGAUGAAAAAUAAAAACACCGAUGAAAAUUGAAGGAGGAGAGAAAGAAGGAAGGGACCCGAUAAACCUGGAAAGGAGAAGAGAAAGUGAGAGAAUCGAAGGAUAAGAAUACAAAAAAAACUGAAUUUAAAACAAAAAUCAAAUAUUAUUCUUUUGAGAUGACAGCUGCUGGUUGAGUUCCUGGAUAUUUGAACCUGGUAUUCCUGAUUUUAUUUUUCUAUCUGCUUGCUCUUUUGGAGAAAGCUGUAGGAUUACUCCUACCUGCUCGUUUGUCAUUCCCGUAGGAUUUUCCCAAAUCGGAUUCCAGCCUGGUUUCUCCGGAAGGCAAGGACUGGAGUGAGGAGCAGGUUGCCAUGCCGAUCCCUAAUCUUUGGAAAUAGACCCCGCCUCCAGCAGAGGCCACCGCCCACGUCCCCCGUGACCCUCAAGCCCCGCCCCCUCUUGGUGAUCAAGAGCCUCAUGAUCACAACAGCCAUGGGAACGGUGCGCGUGAACAGGUACAGCAUCGUGUCGACAGACGAGGACGGUCUAAAGGUGUCCACGCUGGGCCUGCAUAACGGAGGAGGAGGAGGAGGAGGCAGUCUCCACGGCAACCACUACCACCACCACCAUCACUACGGCAACCACAACAACGGCAGCGGCAGCGGCGUGGGGGGGGGCAAGGUGUCAACGAUGGGGGUGCGGGGCCGGAAGAGGAGUCGCUUCGUGAAGAAGGGCGGCCAGUGCAACGUGGUCUUCACCAACAUGCAGGACAAGCCCCGCCGCUACCUGGUGGACCUCUUCACCACCUGCGUGGACAUCCGCUGGCGCUACAUGCUGGCCAUCUUCUCCUCCGCCUUCCUGGCUUCCUGGCUGUUCUUCGGGUUCAUCUUCUGGGGCGUGGCGCUGAUCCACGGGGACCUGGUGGCGGGGGGCAGGGAAGGGGCCGGGGGGGUGGAGUGGAAGCCCUGCAUCCUCCACGUGCAGAGCUUUGUGGGAGCCUUCCUCUUCUCCAUCGAGACCCAGACCACCAUCGGCUACGGCUUCCGCUGCGUGACGGAGGAGUGCCCGGCGGCCGUGGCCACCGUCGUGGUCCAGUCCAUCGUGGGCUGCAUCAUCGACUCCUUCAUGAUCGGCACCAUCAUGGCCAAGAUGGCCCGACCCAAGAAGCGGGCCCAGACCCUGCUGUUCAGCCGCCAUGCUGUGGUGGCACUGCGGGACGGCAAGCUAUGCCUCAUGUGGCGGGUGGGAAACCUGCGCAAAAGCCACAUCGUGGAGGCCCAUGUGCGUGCCCAGCUCAUCAAGCCUUAUGUGACGGCCGAGGGGGAGUACCUGCCCCUGGACCAGGUGGACAUCAACGUGGGCUACGAUGCGGGCCUGGACCGCCUCUUCCUGGUCUCCCCGCUGGUCAUCGUCCAUGAGAUCGAUGAGCACAGCCCGUUCUAUACCAUGAGCCGGCAGGACGUGGAAGGCGGAGACUUCGAGAUCGUGGUCAUCCUGGAAGGCAUGGUGGAGGCCACGGCUAUGACCACACAAGCCCGCAGCUCCUAUGUGGCAGGGGAGAUCCUGUGGGGCCACCGCUUCGAGCCGGUGGUCUUUGAGGAGAAGGGGCGCUUCCAGGUGGACUAUGCCCGCUUCCACAAGACCUACGAAGUCCCGUCAACCCCUAUCUGCAGCGCCAAGGACCUUAGCGACAACGCCUACAAGAUGGCCGAACAGUCCUCCCCCUCCUCCUCCCCCUCCCCUCCUCCGCAGCACAGGCCCCUCCUCACCCCACCCUCCAUGCUGCCCCUCCCCGCCAGCGCCUUCUGCUACGAGAACGAGGUGGCUCUGUGCUGCAGGGAGGAAGAGGAGGGAGAGGAGGAGGAGGGGGAGAGGGAGAGGGAGCGAGUGAGGGAGUUCAGGGGGCAGGCGGAUGUCAUGAGGGUGCUAGAGGCUGGUAUUCCCCUGGACUCUGUGUCGUACAGGCGGGAGUCGGAAAUAUGACUGACCCCAGAACAGAGGAGAGGGGGAGGGGGCUGCUUCAGAGUUUGGCGCACCCCUCUUGAUGUGAAUUUUGUUUUGGGGAAUGGGUCAGUGUUUCAGGUAAAUGUUCCAGGGAGAUUAUUACAGCAUAAACAACCCUCCCCAUCUCUCCUGCCUUCCAACCUCACGACAGAUUUAAGACUUCCAUUGGAGAAUGACCAAACUUUGGCAGGUCUAUCUGGGUGUCUUAUUUGGGAAGAAAGUGUGUGUGUGUGGGGGGGGAUUACAAAGUAAGGAACUGUUUUAAACGUUUUAUUUUUUUAUUUUUGGUCGAUUUACAAGGUUCCAGAAACUGGCCAGGAUUUAAAAAAAAAAAAUGUUGGCCAUUGAACGGCAUUUUCAAAGACGUGUGACAAAUUUUAAGGAGCCUGGUGAGCUAUGGUCUUCCUGGGUGGCUCUGUGGCCAAUCUAAAGCAGCCUCUCCUUUAAGAAUCGCCCCUGAAUGUAUGCAUGGAGACAGGAGUCUGGAAGCAGUCUUACUGGGAGGGAGGGAGGGAUGGAAAGGGGGUGUCAAGACCCUCUUCUGAUAUUUCAAACUGCCCUGAAGUUGUUUUUCUUACCAAAUCCCAGACAGCGUUGCUUGAAUUCUGGAUUGUGGAUUUUUGUUAGCUGUGCUUGCUGACAGUUACCAGCAGGGAUUGAAUUCCUUGUUUUCCUCCCGGAUUUCAUUUCCCUUUGUAACUCUCUCUGCUUAAUACCGACAAUCUUUGAACCCUGCGUUCUGUUUGCAUGCGCUAAGGACUUGGUGAAAAGAAUGCUUUAUUAAGUCAUUUUGUAGGAUCUUUUUAAAAAAAUAAUCUUUUCUUGGACUUCUUUCUAUAAGUAUUAAAAUUAAAAUGAAGCACAGUGGUUUAUUGCUUAGCAUGACUUGCACAGAUAACUUUGUACUUGAUAAAAAAUAAUAAAACUGUAUAUUGCAACAGAAUAUCCCCGGGUGUCCCAUAUGACAAACUACUGGCUUGUGAAUUGUAUUGAUGUCGUUAUAAUAGUUUUAUUUUAAUAUACUAUGAUUAAACUGUAACUGCGGGGGAAUGCAGUGACUGCGGUAUGAUAUCACUGUAACAGAAUGACAGUGUGACUGCGGUUUUAGAUCACUGAAGUUGAAUUAUAUUGUACCUUCAUUCCGAGAUCACAAUGCUAUACCAGAUAGAGUACUGACGUUCUGCAGCAUUGAAGCUGUAACAGAAAUUGUAAAUGGAGCACUAUAAUCGGAGGUGUAUUUUUUACACGGUAAAAAAAUGACUUAUUUCACGGCGCAUUCCCAGUCUAAAAAUAUAUUUAAAAAAUAUAAAAAUAUAUUAUUAAUGAAGAAAAAGGAAUGCGGUGUCACAUUCCAAAACGGAUCUCUUUCCUCUCUAUUAUUCAACAAACGUUCUUAAAUACGUCCAUACCUCAACAGUCAACGGUCAGCUGCAGAACAUGCCGGGUGUUAUGUCCUGCUAUGAAAGACAAUUCUAUUUUCAACAUCAGUGAAUUAUCAAAAUGGGCAGAGAGAUCUUUAACAAAUAUUUCUGAUCAACUUUGAUGCAUCAUUUGUGGGAAGGAAGCAAACUAAACCGGCUGCCAGGUUCCUAAGUUUGCAUUUCAUUAUAUGACAGAAAAUAUUUACACCAUUCCUUUAGAAAUGGGAGUUUUCACGGGGAACUACAUAUUACACGGCAAUGGGAAAUCGUGACAUCGCUGAACUGCGGCUAUGUUGUCAUUCUUGUGCUGUUCUGUAACGAUAGACAUCUGGUACAGUUCAAAUAUCAAUAGUAGUCAUUUGGGAUAUCCUGACGAUACAGUGGCCGUUCAUUAAUUGUUUUUUUAAAAAGUCAUUUUUACAAAAAGGACUAGCAUACAAAUGUAAAAGAAAUCGCUUUUUCUUUUCUUAGAAGUUUGUCUCUCACCCCUACCUGUGUUCCCGUCUUUUCGUUUCUUCUUAAAGUUUGGUUUAUUUACUACAGCACUUUCUUGUCUGUCUUUAUUUUCUUUUCUCGUCUGUUUCUUCCUUCGUUCUUUGCUUCUCUUUGGCGUUCAAACUUUUUUUUUUUUUUUUAGUUCUGAUGUAAAAAGUGAAAAACGAAAACUUUUUUUUUUUUUUUUGUGAACUGCACACAGUUUCAACAGGCUUGGACAAAUGUCACUGGACACCGCAACCAGCUCCGAGUGUCUUUUUCAAAGAUUGACUUACACUGGCAACAAAAAAGUAUUUAGGCUAUACAUUUCAUAGCAUAGCCUUAAUUUCUCCGCCGUUGUUUAUCAAAUAUACACAAAGGUUUCCAGGUUUAAACUAUGAACUUAUAGACUUACCGAUUGCGCCAAAUUACACACGCACGCACGCACGCACGCACACACACACGCACACACACACGCACACACACACACACACACACACACACACACACACACACAAAGUACAAUCUAGAAAGAAAACUACACCUUUGAUUGAUUUUGAUAAAGAUAGCUGGUGUUUUUGUUUUGUUUUUAAAGCAGCAAUUUUCUUAAACGAUUGAAAACAGUUAUCUCUGUUUUGGUGUUAAUAAUAAUAAUAAUAAUAAUAAUAAUAAUAAUAAUAAUAAUAAUAAUAAUAAUAAUAAUAAUAAUAAUAAUAAUGAGUUUCAUUUAUUUUAUCUGUUUGUUAUUCCUUUCAAAGUUCAUAGGUUUUUAAAACCAGAUCGGAAAAAAGCGACCCGAAUGACUGAUGUUGUCCAUUGACGUCAGACCAGAGUUGUAUAACAUUAUACACACACACACACACACACACACACAGACACACAGACACACACAGUAGGCCUAUAACGUGGAUCAAUGACGCUUUGAGGCAAUUUUGCACUUUAUCUAUUCAAUACAGUAUAUAUAGCUAUGGCCAAAAGUUUACUAUCACCCUGUAGAAGGAAUUAAUUUUGCUUCAUAAAGUAAAGUGAAACCUACUGAAUAAUGUUACGUUCACAUAUUGGAUCGCAGACCGCUUUGUAGUUUUUCACAUACUUAACGAAAAACGAUCAAACAUGAAAUAUCUAACAUGAAAUACUACUGUACUACUAUUAUGACUAUCAUAUAGUUGUUUUUUUUAAAAUUAUUAUUAUUAAUAAUGUCUUAAUCCUAAAAUUCUAGGUGAGGCUAAACUUUUGGCCAGAGCUGUCUAGUAUUCACUCGGGGUCCUAUUCAUGUACUGGCGGUAUUGCUUUAUGAAUACAGACAGCCUGUUACUGAAUUUCUAAAAGCAAGACUAGCAUUGAGAGUCAAAGCUUUUCAAAGAUCUGUAUUUUUCUGGUAGUGCAGGUUUCUGUUUUGUUUUUCAACAGGCUGUAACACGGCUGAUCUAUUCAGUGGGUGCAAUUCGAUCUCAGGAGACUGGUUUUGUUGUCUGAUAGGAGAGACAUUGGGAGGAGAUUGUAAAUGUGUUCAUUCUGUCCUGUGGAUCUGUCUGUAUUUGAUUUUGUUUUUCGUUUGUUUUACGGGGACUGACCUUUGACCUUGGUGACGUCUUCCUGCUUAUUCAGAUCUAUAACGAUUUUUUUUUUU